ACCGGGUAUUUAGCGGAAAUAUCUUCAAUAAUACUCAGAGUUCAAGUUAAAAUAAGGUAUAUAUAAACCCGUUGCUACACAGACUUUUCAUCCACACUGCAGUGCGGUCAGUGGCAAGGAUCAGCAUGAAGUUUGCCAUCAUAGCUCUGCCGUUCUUGACCUUUCUGGCAUUCCUGGGCAGCUGUCUCGGGGAUGGAGGAUAUGGGGACUAUGGGGGCUACGGUGGCUAUGGGGGAUACGGAAGUGGAUAUGGGGGAUACGGAAAAGGAUAUGGAGGCUACGGAAGUGGAUAUGGGGGAUACGGAAAAGGCUACCACGGAAAGGGGUAUGAAAUGACCAAUAGGGCGGUUUACAUACCCUACCCCGCGGGCCCACCACCAGGUGCCAUCGCUGGUGCUGCUUAUGCCGAAAACAACAAUGACAAUACAUUGCUUUACCUUGGGGGUUUCCUCCUGCUUCUCCUGUUGUUAAACAAUAACAACACAGGAUAGGAAUAAUGCAUCAAUCCAUUUUGACCACGGAUAAUUAACGCGAGCGCAAGACAUCUUGGCUGUUACCAAAGACCCCUGAGUGUGUUUUUCAGCAUUGGUUGUUUAUAGAUGUAGCUUUUGUCGAAUAAAGCAUGGUGUCAUGAU